UGGGACACUUGUGAUUUCCUUUCAAACACAUUCAUAGCCAAGCAUCCACAAUAUAACACGCUAAAACUUUAGCAGAACGGUUUUUGGAGUUCUUUUGGCUCGUGAAACAAUUAUGACGUGAUUCUGACUCUCACACACUUACUGUUACCGUCCUUUAAGUGUGUGCAUGACUUAAUACAAGCAUAUGGACUGAAAGGGAUGCUAACGUGUGUUAGCAUACGUCAACAGGAAAUUAGCUCGUUAGCUUGGAUAAAUGUUAUGAAGCUUAUUUUCUCGUCCUUCUAUUAACAAUCUGCUUUAGUAGCAUCUUCAUAAUGGACGCCGAGGCAAUUGUAAUCCGAAUAAAAACUCCGUUAGGGGACAUGGAUUCGUCCGUCGACUGUCCAUCACUGCUAAACUUCAGUGACUUGCUGGUCGCUAUCAGGGAUGUUAUGCCCGAAGCCACCGUCACUGCGUUUGAAUAUGAAGAUGAAGUUGGUGACAGAAUCACUGUGAGAAGUGAUGAAGAGCUCAAAGCCAUGUUGUCAUAUUACUGCAGUACAAUGAAUGAACAACGCAUGAAUGGACAGCUUCCAGAGCCUCUUCAGAUAUUUCCACGAGCCGGCAAGACUCCGGGGAUCCGGAACAUACAUGGCCUGAAGGUUAAUACUAGACCUAAUCCAGCCAAUGACUGCACGCAUGGUGUCACUCUCACCGACUCGAUGGCCAACAACAGCUUAAAGAAAUCAUCUGCUGAGCUGAAGAGAAUCUUGACAACCGGACAGAUAAAUGCCCAAGAUAUCCAAUACCAAGAGCAGCUUGGACAAGGAAAUGGAGGCACAGUUUACAAAGCGUAUCAUCUACUCGGCAAGCGUGUCUUAGCUGUUAAGGUGAUUCCUCUUGACAUCACUGCGGAGCUACAGAAGCAGAUAAUGUCAGAGUUAGAAAUUCUCUACAAGUGUGACUCACCCUACAUCAUCACUUUCUUCAGUGCUUUUUUUGUGGAGAACAGGAUAUCCAUAUGUACAGAAUUUAUGGAUGGUGGUUCACUUGACGUGUAUAAAAGGAUUCCAGAGCAUGUCUUGGGAAGGAUUGCUGUGGCAGUUGUGAAAGGCCUAACAUAUCUGUGGAGCUUAAAGAUUCUUCACAGAGAUGUCAAGCCCUCUAAUAUGCUGGUGAACACCCGAGGACAAGUCAAGCUAUGCGACUUCGGUGUCAGCACUCAGUUGGUGAAUUCAAUUGCCAAAACAUAUGUGGGAACAAAUGCAUACAUGGCGCCAGAACGGAUAUCGGGGGAACAGUACGGUAUCCAUGCAGAUGUCUGGAGUGUUGGAAUCUCUUUCAUGGAGCUGGCCCUCGGAAUGUUUCCCUAUCCACAGAUCCAGAAAAACCAAGGAUCACUAAUGCCUCUUCAGUUACUGCAAUGCAUUGUUGAUGAGGAUCCUCCAGUUCUUCCUGCAGGACAGUUCAGCGAGAUUUUUGUUCACUUCGUUACUCAGUGUAUGAGACGACAACCCAAAGAGAGACCUGCCCCCAAUAACUUAAUGGAUCAUUCCUUCAUUGUACAAUACAAUGACGGAAAUGCCGAGGUCGUGUCCAUGUGGGUUUGUCGCUGUUUGGAAGCAAGACGAACGCAGCAGGUUCAAGGUCGUAACUUACGCCUUGAUGGACCAUGAUAUUCUGAGCCAAUGCCUUGACCGCUGCACCGCUUCAAGGUCAUGUACUGUAUGUCCACCUGCAAAUGAGUCAUCGGUGAAGGUUGUCAAUCACGAAACGUUUGAGCCAUCACUUUUGUGCAGUGACAGGAGCUCACUUUCUUUGGACACACUCUUAAGCUUUGCAUUCAUUAUGAAGAACCCUCUGGUGCCGAUCGUCUUCUGCUGUCCAACCAGAUGAACGAAGUUGAAAAGGUGAUUAGUGCUUGUACGACCUCAACGUUUAAGAUUGCAAUAUUGUGCGAGUGAUGGUGGUUCUGGCACCCUGCUAAGGUGUCUGCCUGUGGUAGGGGGGGGUCACGGCUCAGUGGUUGAGUGGUCGUCUCCCAACCCGGAGGUUGGAGGUUCAAUCCCCAGCCACUGUGACCAUGUCCAAGUGUCCUUGAGCAAGACACUGAACCCCCAGUUGCUCCUGAUGGCAUGUCAUCAGUAGAUGAAUGAGAAAGCAGCGUGAAGCGCUUUGAGUACCAAAAGGUCAAAAAGCACUAUACAGGACUACCCGUUUACCAUGUGUAUGCUCCUCUUCCCAGUGGUAUCAUUUAUCGCUUUAGCAGCCAUAGUGGUUCUCCACAAUGGUAAUCUUUCCUGGCAAAAUAUAUCCAUUUAUAACGGCUUGAGGAGAAGAUCAGCCACUGGUGUCCCAAUUCGUUGAUAAUGACAAGAAUCAGGGUGUGCUAAACUAUUUCAGCUCUAGACAAGUCGGAAAUUUGACUCCUCCCAGUAAAGAAUUAUUGCACCUUAAGUAUUGAACCUACUUAUCUUAAUCAGAUUAACUGAUGGUAAACUACUCAAUAUGAAUUUAUGAUUGUAGCACAAAUCAAAACACCCUUUGCCAUGAAUAUGUCCACAUACGUACUUGACAAUCAAUAAAUAGCUUUUUGUUCUGACAAUCGUUGAGCCACUAGAAGUGUAUCUCCGGAGAUCCCACAUUGAGGUCUUGAUGGGGAAAGGGAGCAAUAUUGUAAAGUUUGGUCAAUAUCCGGUGUUCCCAUUUUUGUGUCUUGUAUUUGCCAAAUGGAUUCUUUUAGUGCACAUCGCCAUGUUGGGAACGGAUGGUGUCUCAAUUCCUCAUUUUCAGAGUGGUUGAUCAUUCACCAGGCAUGUUUUAAGAAUGAUGUACGCCAUUGUAAAAACACAGGCUUUAAUUCGGUUUGGCCAUCUUAUUUUCCUAAAAUGUGCAAAGCCCACGACAGAAAUGCUAUUCUCAAAAGAAAGACCAAUCUCUGUAUUUUUUUUUUGCUUUUGGUGCACACAUGCAUGCAGUGGAAAAACAAAACAUUCCCCGUCUUAUAAACCAAACAUUGUUACAUUCAAGACACUGCUUUGUUCUGUGGUGUGGCAUCCACUGUCUAAAAAUAAAGUUGUAAUGUGAUCGUACAUAAUGUUCAUGGAGGAAGUGUACUAUACUGGUACUUCCCUUUGAGAACAGUGAUAUGGAUUUUCCAU